GUAGGAUUCUCUCAAUAGUCAAAUACUUCAUUACACACACCCACACGUCCAACAGCUCCUGUUUGCCUCAACAAAACGCAGACCUUUUCCCUCUCAACAAAUAUCAAAACGAAACACCCAAAAAAGGAUUCAAAAAGUUUGUAUUCCAAACACGGAACUAACCCAAAAUAAUUAUCAAAAAUUCAAAAAAAGCCCCAAUUUUGCUUUUAGCCCCCAAAUCUGAACAGGAACCCUAACCCUAGCCGCUACCACCGCACGAUACGCACAAAUCUCCUCUUUCCUAUCACUGUAUCUGUUAACGCCGACGCUGUAGAUUGGUUAUUGAUCUGAUUUUUUUUUUCGUAGGGUGUACUGUAUUAGGGUUUGGAUUUUUGUGCGAGAUGUGGUGCUGCAAAGGUGGAGUUGGUGAAAUUGGACAGCUAGCGGGAUGAACGGUGGAGGCAGACGCCAGAGGCGGCGGAAAUCCAUGGCCGGCUGCAGGGGCGCCGCGGAACCGGAGAAAACCGACGGUAAUUGCGAUUCCCCCAAUUUGGACUCUGAAAUUACUGAAAAGCCCUCGGGUUUCCCAGAUAUUACGAAACUACCCCCGAAGUCAGAAGCUGAGCUUGACUUGUACACUCAAGCUCGUAAGGCGCUCUCCCUUCGUUCCCCGUUCGAUUCUGAAGACUCGCAAGCUACUCCGGCGUGUGUAUCGGCUGUGAGUUCUCUGCCAAGUGGGGUGUCUCAUUUGUUGGGUCGGCCCUUGGAUAGUCGCAAAUGGCACAAGAAGUUGCAUUUGGGGUCGGAAAAGAAGUCGUCAGCUCCAAGUAAGGCUCGUGGGAGCAACAUUUGGAUUGAAACGGAGGAGUAUUUUCGAGAAUUGGCCAUCGAGGAUGUUGAGAGGCUGUAUGGGUUUUCAAGUUCUAGGUUUUCCAGCGAUGACAAGUGUUUCUCGAUUCCAUACCUUGCUGGUGAUGGUAAUCAGCGUGUUUAUUUUGACACGUUUAAUAGGAUGCUCAUGAAUGGUUCAGACGAGUUGAAAAGUAAUGGUGACCUCAAGAUUAAUGAAAGAAUCACAGAAGAAGAGAACAUGGCUGCUUCUAUUGAUGUUUGUGUAGAUGAGGUCGCUACAGACGAGUUUCAGAUGAGAGAAGAAAGUAAUGAAGGGAAGAGACUGAACAAUGAGACUGAUUCGACUUCUUUUAGUGGUGUGGAAUGGCUUUUAGGAUCUAGAAGUAAAGUUUAUUUGGCAUCAGAAAGGCCCUCCAAGAAGCGGAAGCUUUUGGGGAAGGAUGCAGGGUUGGAGAAACUCCUUGUGGCACAUCCAGUCGAAGGUUUAGAGUCUGUCUGUCAUUACUGUAGUAAUGGGGACAUGGGCAACCCAUUAAAUUUGUUGAUUAAGUGUAGUUCUUGUGAGAUGGUAGUCCAUCAAAGGUGCUAUGGAGUACAAGAUGAUGUGGAUAGCUCCUGGAUGUGUUCCUGGUGUAAAUGGAAAAAUGUUGUGGAGUUAAGUAAAGCGACACCAUGUAUGCUUUGUCCUAAGCAAGGUGGUGCACUGAAGCCUGUGCAGAAGAGGGGAUUUGGUAGUGACUGUGGGAGGUCUAAGGUGGAGUUUGCUCAUUUGUUCUGUUGCCUGUGGAUACCUGAGGUUUAUUUGGAGAACACUAGGGCUAUGGAACCAAUCAUGAAUGUGGAUGAGUUGAAAGAGACGAGACGAAAGCUGAUCUGUCAUCUGUGCAAGGUUAAGCACGGUGCCUGUGUCAGGUGCAGUAACGGAUCUUGUAGAAUGUCAUUCCAUCCUAUUUGUGCAAGGGAGGCAAGACACAGAAUGGAGAUAUGGGGAAAACUCGGAUCUGAUGAGGUUGAACUGCGCGCUUUUUGCACAAAACAUUCAGAAGUCGAGUGUGAUAGUGGCACUCAAGAUGCUGAAGAUGUUUCAUUGACAGCUGAUCUGGAUAUUAAGAAGCUUAAUGAUAUUGUAUUGGAUGGUGAGGACUUACUCCACAACAGAAGAAAUUCGGACUCUCAUCCAGAAUAUGGAGAUCCAAUGCAUCUGGCUGAUAGAAAUGGCAGCGAAGAUGUAAAUGCUUGUGGUGUUUUCAGUUUCUCUAUGAUGCUGAAGAAGUUGAUUGAUCUAGGGAAAAUCAGUUCCGAAGAUGUUGCCUCAGAGAUUGGCGUUUCACUGGAUUCAUUGGACAAGAUACUAACUGAUAAUCACAUUGUACCAGAGUUACAGUGUAAACUACUUAGAUGGCUGAAAAACCAUGUUCAAAUUGGCAACUUACAGAAAACAAUGAAAGCGAAGGUUAGAUCACUUGUAGCCCCCAAAGAUGUGGCAGAUGUAGCUGAUGGUGGUGAUGCUGUUCCAGUAGAGUCCAAUAUUUCUGAUUCUGUUCCAGUCAAAUCUGUUCCACCUCGCAGAAGAACCAAAAGCAGUAUAAGGACUGUCAAAGGUGAAACAAAUGACGGUUAUGUUGAUUCAUGUGUUCUUGUCGGAGAAGAUUCAAACGAUCCAUCUGGAGAGUCUUUGUCUGAUGGUACCAAGAAGAUUUUGGUUGACUAUGAGCAGCAUCAGGAUGAUUCAGUGGAAAAUUCUAUCAAAUUUGAAGACGAGCUGAGAGCUCUAGUGCAGUUUCUUUCUGAAGAUGGUUUGCAUGCAGAACGUAGACAAUCUCAACAGAUGACUUCGUUUUCACCUGUGUUGAUAAAUGGGGAAAGUAGUCAUAUGUCGUACAUACAUCCAUUUAUCUACAGUAAACUGAUGCAAACCAAGAAAGAAGUGCUUGAGAGAGAUGCAUCUUGUCAGACUGCGGUUCUGAGAGAGCGGGAAGCUUCACAGUUAGGGGCAUCUUCUAGUUCAGGCCUCUGUUGUAAUAACGAUAACUUGCAGAGGACUUCGAGUGACCGGACCUCUAAAUGCAGUGGAGUAGAUCUUGAUCAAUUGGUUGAUGCAAGAAAUACGGGAAUACUCAAACUAUCUCCUGCAGAUGAAGUGGAAGGAGAACUCCUAUACUAUCAACAUCGAAUCAUUUCCAAUGCUGUUUUGCGGAAACAUAUAAGUGAUGAUUUGAUCUCAAGGGUUGUUAGUAGCCUACCACAAGAGAUGGAUGCUGCUGGAGAACGAAAAUGGGAUGCUUUACUAGUUAGCCAGUAUCAUCAUGAACUUAAGGAAGCAAGAAAGCAAAGCAGAAAAGAGCGUCGCCAUAAGGAAGCUCAAGCUGUAUUGGCUGCUGCCACUGCUGCUGCUGCUGCUUCCUCUAGGUUGUCAUCAGUUAGGAAAGAUAGCCCAGAAGAUUCUUCACAGCAAGAGGAUUUUAUGAAGAUGAAUUUACCAGAUGUGAGGAACGGGGCACACUCUCAUCUUAAUUCUCGAGUGAAAGAGACUGUUACUAGGCUGGCUGUUGCAAGCUCACUUGACAAGAAUGGUGAUUCAGGCCAUUUAGCUUCUUCAGACAAUCCAAAAGAUCGUCCUAAGACAUGUGAUGUCUGCACACGAUGCGAGACAGUUCUGAAUCCGGUUUUAGUCUGUUCAAGUUGCAAGGUUUGCAGUUGUGUUUGUAGCUAUGGUCAUUGUCAGGCUUCAUUUCACCCUACUUGUGCUAGAAGUGCUGGUUUCUUCAUGACUUUGAGGACCAAUGGUGGCAAGUUGCAACAUAAGGCUUACUGUGGAAGGCAUAGUGCAGAUCAAAGAGCAAAGGCUGACACUCGGAAACAUGGGAUUGAGGAGUUUAAGUCUCUGAAGCAAGUCAGGCGUGAGUUGGUCAUUUGCUCACACAAUAUCCUUGCUUCGAACCGGGACACUGUUCUCUCUGCCUUGGCUCGUCACCCAUUUUACCAACCCGAAGUAAGUUCUGAAUCUGCCACGACCUCUAUCAAAGGUCAUACUGAUGAUGGCUGUAAAUCGGGCAGUGAGUUGGUGCAGAGAUCGGAUGAUGUGACGGUUGAUAGCACGGUUGCCGGCAAAAGACGUGUUAAAAUUCCAGUGCCGGUGGAAAAUGAUCGGAAAACGGAUGACAGCUCAACAUCACAGAGCCUUUACAUGCUAAAACCCAUGGAGAGGGUAUCCUCUUCGGGGAAGCAAAUCCCCAAACGACUGUUGGCCGCAUCUCGAAACCCCUCGGACGAUGACGAUAAACGGACAAAACAUAGAAAG